GUCACAUGACAGACGCGCCCACCGUUGCACUAACAUAAUGUGCAUGUCCUCCCAUGAAGAAGGAGCCUGAAUCGUUUACUCCGAUACCGCCGCCCGUGGUUUGCCAACACUCUACAGUCUCGCUCCACAGUCAUAUUCUGUGUUAAGUUUGUAGGAUUGUUUAAUUGAGCCGUAAGACUUAAGACGAAGUAAGUGCACACUUUGUUGAACCUGGGCUUUAAAUAUGUUUUUAAGACCCUUUUCGAUGAUACUCUUUCCGAUGACACUCUUUCCGAUGAUACUCUUUUCGAUGAUACUCUUUUCGAUGAUACUCUUUCCGACGAUACUUUUUCCGAUGAUAUUCUUUUCGAUGAUACUCUUUUCGAUGAUAAUCUUUUCGAUGAUACUCUUUUUCGAUGAUACUAUUUUCGAUGAUACUCUUUUCGAUGAUACUCUUUUCGAUGAUACUCUUUUCGACGAUACUCUUUUCGAUGAUACUAUUUUCGAUGAUACUAUUUUCGAUGAUACAAUUUUCGAUGAUACUCUUUUCGGUGAUACUAUUUUCGAUGAUGCUCUUUUCGAUGAUACGCUUUUCGAUGAUACUCUUUUCGAUGAUACUCUUUUCGAUGAUACUCUUUUCGAUGGUACUAUUUUCGAUGAUACUCUUUCCGAUGACACUAUUUUCGAUGAUACUAUUUUCGGUGAUACUCAUUUAUUUAAUUUAUACUUUCAUUGCCCCCCCCCCUCUAGGGUGCACGCCACAAGUCCUGAUCAACAGGUCUAAACCAUUCGUUUGGGUAUAAAGUUUAUUUGACAUUGUUUAGAAAUGCACAUCACAAAUGUACAUCGAAUAAUUACAUCAACUAUGUACAUCAAAUGUCUUUCUGCCAUCUCUAAUGAGUUCCUAUUCGGGGACUAGACUAAUAAAAGAACUAAAUAUAUACAAUUUUAUUUAUUCAUAACAGGGUCCAUAGCCAAAAAAUGAAUGCUUCUAGGACAUUCAGUAAUCGAGCAAGAUCAUACGGGGACAUCGUGUCUCUAUUGAUGACUUUGAUGCAAGUUAUAGACACGUCUGACUACGUAGCCCUCGCUUUUGGAAUCUUACCAAACUUGUGGAUCCUGCUGGCCACACUUACGUCACAGGAUCUCCGUGCACGCAUGCGCAAUAAAAUCGUCUGCAGCUUCUGCGUGCUGCACCUCCUGAACUGCUUGCUGUUCAUGCCGAUGCGGAUAGAAGUCACUCGUCUUCGCCGUCUUUAUUAUAAAAUAAACUGUGACUUUUAUAACUUCGUCACACUUAUGGAACUCUUGCAGGACUUCAUCUUCAACUGGACGUUGGUGCUGCUGAUCGUAGUCUUCGUCGCCCGAAUUUGUGACUUCAAGCCGUACGCGGGUUUGACAAGUUUGACAACGACGCUUGGAACGUACGCCAUCUUGAUCUCACCUUGGGUGGCUUCCCUUGUCAUCAUCCCAGGAGUUAGGAACUCGCUUUGGUAUUCUUAUCUUAAAAGCAACAAUAUUUCCACCACUAAUGGCUGUAUAUUCUCAACAUCAGAUACGUUACUUGUUAUCAAAUCCCUGGAUACGGCUGUGCCCCUGUUGAUUUCUGUAGCCCUAAUGGUGACGGCUGUCGUAUUAAGGCGCCGAAGGUUCACGAGAGGAUUCUCUGGGGACAUGGAGGUGGAGCUCAUUGAACGGGGACCGGAAGUCGACGGCCAUUUUGGAUACACGGCAGCUGUUGUCGUGUCGUUUGUUUGCGACUUCGCCACUGCAUUCAUGAUUUUUGAUCUGAUUGAGAUCAGGAUGACCCAAAGGUAUGCAAAUUUUACAUAAAUAUGUGCUGAUAUUACUCAUAAUCUGACUAAACUUAUGCAGGUGAGUGAUAAUUGUACAUAAAUAUGGGCUGAUCUUAAUCAUAAUCUGAAUAAACGUAUGUGCUAUAAUUUUAAGCAAAGAAUGACAAUAAUAUCUUAGUGAUAGGUCAAUUUUGCACCGUGUUUGCCCGUUAUUACAUAGUUUUAGACUAAAAUUGGUCAAUACUAUGCUAAUCUAAUACAAAUUUAUAUCAAUAUUUCACCGUGAGGAUAAUCUUGUACAAAUUAAUUGUACACAAAUAGUCUAAAAGUUCUGCAUUGACUCUAUUUAAAUAUAUCUCUGAUCACUUCCAAGUUCUCCAAGAAACCCUUUACAAAACCCUUGAAAAUCACUUUCGAAUUUCUUGUUUAGUUUUGGCUUGUUCCGUUUUGGGACCGAUUGUAUUCACAAUGUCUACCCGGCCACUGCUCCUCUUGCUCGGGAGCCAUGCCGUGGGGAGCCAGUCAUUCGAACAGGACACGCAGCUAUACAAGCAUAGCUAUCUCUCUCAUGUCGAUUCUGCUGUCCGGACUUGGCGGGAGAGCAUUGAUGAUGUCAAGACAUGGAUGACACUCGGCAAGUUGAAGCUUCAUCAUCAUCCUCAUGUCCCUUAGUACUUGAACCGUUGGGGCGCCACAGAUGACAUGUGAACCAUCCUCCUCCAUUCGUCUCUGUCUUCAGCACUACGCACUGCAUCGCCCAGUGUUAGUCCUGUCCACUCUUUGAUGUUAUGCUCCCAUCUUUUUCUUUGUCUUCCUCUUCUUCUCCCUCCUCUUGUGGUGCCCUGCAAUAUUUCUUUGGCAAGCCCUUGUUUCCUUGUUACGUGGCCGUACCAUUGUAGUUUGCGUUUUGUCAGAGUCACCAGUAGGUCAAGGUACUCCCCAAUUGCCUGACGAACCCUUUCUUUCACUGUAUCAUUGGAGAUAUGAUUCCUAUAUAGCAGGUGCCAAAAAUUCUUCUGAAUGAUCUCAUCUCCAUCGCCUUUAUUUUCCUUUCAAGAUCUUCUGUUAAUGUCCAGGACUCGCAGGCAUAGAAAAAAAAUGGAGAGGACUAAUGAGCACAUCAGCCUGAUUUUGGUGCUGGGGGCUAUAUUUUUGUCAUUCCAUAUUUUCUUGAGCUUUUUAGUACUGUUGUGGUCUGCGCCAUCCAGGACAUCAGUUCGGGCUUGUAGCCUUCUUCUGAGACUAUUCCUCCUAGGUAUUUGAAGUUGAAGCUUAACGAUGACAAAACGGAAGCACUCCUUAAUCACGAUCACAAAUCAUCCUCUAACUCAGCUCUCCCCCUUUGAUUUCAAGUAGGUAACUCCGGCACACAGUCUACAUCCUCCGCUAUUAAUCUUGGUUAUAUUUUAUCCAGCAACAUGUCUCUCGACAAUCCUAUCUCUCACAUUUGUCACUCUGCAUACACUGCUAUCCGUCAGAUCAGCUCCAUCUGCGACAACCUCUCAGUUAGUGCAAAAAAACACCAAAAAAAAACCCUAGUCUGUGCUCUAGUUCUCUCUCGUCUUGACUAUUGUAACUCUCUUCUAUCAGGUUCACCAAAACACUUCUUAGAAAAUAUAAAAAAGGCUCAAAACUCAGCUGCUAGGCUAGUUCUAAAGGCGAACAAAUUUGAUCACGUCUCACCACUACUUUAUUCACUUCAUUGGCUCUCUGAACAAGCAUGGAUUGACUACAAACACUCUGUUCUCUGCCACAAAUUGUUCUCGAAUUCCUGCCCUUCCUACCUAACCGAACUUCUUUCUGUCUAUUCACCCCUUCGACAGCUUCGCUCCUCUGCAGACGCGCGUAUUCUUUCUGUUCCCAAGAAUCGCACAAAAACCUACGGCGAACGAUUCCCAAGAAUAGCACAAAAACCUCCGGCGAACGAUCGUUCUCUUUCUGCCCCCCCCCCCCCCCAAACAAUGGAAUUCUCUUCCACUACACAUCCGAAAUAAACCGACCAUCACAGCCUUCAAAACUGCUCUCAAAACACAUCUCUAUAAACUCUACUAUCCUGACUGAUUCCUACCUCUGAUCGAUAAACGAUGCUGCUGGGUGCCGUCCAUGGCUUGACAUCUAAAUAGUUUUAGUAGAAUGGGUGUAUUGAACAAACAUGUGUUUUGUUUUAUAUUAAUUAAUGUAUGUUAAUUUUUAAGUUCAUGAUUAUAUUUGUUAAAUUCUUUGUACAGCGCGGUGAGCCCUGCCCUAGGCUGGGGUAUCGCACUAUAUAAAACCACAAACAAUAAUAAUAAUAUUAAAAUUUUGUUUUAUUUACAGAUGGGUCUACUAUACCGUGGCGUACGUCAUGUCCCAGACUAAAGUCUUCCUCACUCCUCUGCCCUGGCUGCUCUUUCCAGACAUCAGAGAGCGUGUCAAGACGUGGAGACCGUGGCACUCUGUCAAACUCUGGCAUUGACUUGACACUCGCCUUAGUCAACCGUAUGUUCUUGGACGUGCCAUUUACACGGCCAUCUGUGUGUUCAUUUCCCCUAAUUAACUUUAUACUGUGUGGGAAUUCAUUCAAAUCGAUAAAAGAAUGGAACGAAUCAAAUAUCCGAUAGGAAUGGAUAUAGAAUAUGAUAUGGAUUUAACUUCUUUCCGUCUAAUUAUAAGCACAUCUAUACGAAUGCUCUAUUAUAUCUAGCGAUGUUUCUGUCAGCUUUUAAGCCGUGUCAUGUUCUGUAAAUUUUUAAGGGGAAAAAAAUAUUGUUCAAUGUUAACUUUUAAACAUCUCUAUAUUAUAUAUAUAUACAUUAGUAGCCCUGAUCAAAUAAAUAGCUAUAGUUGCUCAAAUAACAC